AUGUCCAAAGUCUGGUUUAUCACCGGUAGCUCCCGCGGUUUGGGAAGAACACUCGUCGAAUACGCCCUGAAGAAAGGCGACUCUGUCGUCGCGACUGCGCGCAACCCAGAAACCUUAAAGCCCCUGGUCGACCAAUACGGCUCCAAGAAGAUCCUCCCCAUCACCUUGAACGUCACCGAUUGGGAAGCAGCUAAACGAGCGGUGACGGAUGCCGUAGAACACUUUGGGCGAAUCGACAUUGUCAUCAACAAUGCUGGAUACGCCAACGUUGCAUCCGUGGAGGACUUCGACGUCGAGGAUUUCCGCCAGCAGAUGAACACAAACCUCAUGGGAGUCGUGUAUGUCAGCAAGGCUGUUCUCCCAACCCUCCGUCAACAGGGAUCUGGCCACAUCUUCCAAAUCUCCUCACUCGGUGGCCGUAUCGCCAGCCCCGGUCUGACCGCAUACCAAUGUGCCAAAUGGGCGAUCGGAGGCUUUUCUACAGGACUUUCCGCUGAAGUGAGCCCUCUUGGCAUAAAGGUCACUGUUCUUGAGCCAGGCGGAAUGCGAACUGACUGGGCUGGCCCUUCGAUGACGGUUCAUCCAGUCAGCGAGCCAUACCAGCAAACAGUUGGCGCAUUUGCUAGUUUUCUGCAAAGCUCUUCGGGCCAGGAAGUUACCGACCCGGCCAAGGUUGGACCCAUUAUCGAGGAACUAUAUCAGUCCGCAGAACCGCCCAUCCGCAUGCUGGUUGGACCGGACUCGGUGCAAUACUGGGCCCAGGCUGCCGAAGCUCAGGCAAAAUCAGACGAGACAUGGAAGGAGCUUAGCCUGUCGUCCUCUUAA